CCCCUCCCACCGUCAGCUAUCCUCGGACGACUACUUACUUCUUCGACAAUCUUCCCUCAACCCUUCACGCCAUCGCUCUUAAUGGCGAACAUGGGCGAAAUGGAGUCCAACAUGUCCAGCGCGCAGGAGAAGGGCCCGUCCUCCACCACGGCACUCCACGAAUCACCACUCAACGAUGAGGCUCGUCCCGCGGUCUUUUCCUCCACCGUUCAGGAGAUCCUCUUUGUCGCCGUGGCCACCAUGGCCAUUGCCAUGUCCUCACUCCUGACCGGCAGUGUCACCGUCCUCACCGCGCAAGUGCAGACAGAUCUGGGCAUGACCACCGCUGAACUCACCUGGCUGGCCGGUUCCUCCUCGUGCGCCAUCCCUCCUUUCCUCCUCUAUGUCUCUUCGCAUAUCCGUGUGCUCGCCUGUGGCUCCUUUCUCCUCUGCUUCGGCCGCCUGGCAGACCUGUUUGGCCGCAAGACACUCUUUCUCGGCAGUCUCGUCUUCUACGCUGUCUUCGCUCUGGGUGCCGGAUUUUCCCAGAAGCCCCUGCAACUGGACGUGUUGAACGGUGUGAUGGGUCUGAUGUCGGCUGCCUCGAUUCCGCCGGCGCAGGGGAUGCUGGCCAACCUCUACCCGCGCCCGUCCAAGCGCAAGAAUCGGGUGUUUGCCUGUUUCAGCGCCGGCAAUCCUUUGGGCUUCGUAUUUGGGACCAUCUUCUCGGGUAUCGCGACCCAGCUGUUCAACUGGCGAGCGAGCUUCUUCUUGUUGGCGAUCAUUUACGUCGUGGUUGUGGCGGUCGCAGUCUGGGUAGUGCCGACGGACCAUGGGGCCAAGGAGCCUCUGUCCCUUCUCGCUCUGAAGAAAUUCGACGUCUUCGGGACCAUUCUGACCAUCGCCGGGAUUGGCAUGUUUUCUGGCGCCUUGAGUCUUGGCUCGGAUGCCCCUUCUGGGUGGAAAACACCAUACGUGCUCGUACUGCUCAUUCUGGGCGCGCUGUUCAUAGCUGGCUUCGUCUUCUGGGAGCGUUGGUAUGAAUACCCCUUAGUGCCCAUGUUCAUCUGGCGCGACCGGGACUUCUCCUUGGUCAUCACGAUUCUGCUGCUGGGCUUUCUCGCCUUCCCCAUCAUGACCUUCUGGAUCUCGCUGUUUCUGCAGGAACUCCGGCACUACUCCGCCCUCAUGGUGGCCGUGCACCUGCUCCCCAUGGCGAUUGGCGGCAUCCUGGUCAACAUUGUGGCGGGGCUCAUCAUGCAUCGGGUGUCCAACACGCUGCUCAUGACGAUCGGGGCUACGGCGUACACGGGGGCCUUUCUGCUCAUGGGACUGCAGCAUUCGAGCAGCAGCUACUGGGCAUUUAUCUUCCCCGGAUUGCUGCUGGCGGUGGUGGGGGCGGAUUUUCAGUUCUGCGUCGCAAACAUGUAUGUAAUGAGCGCAUUGCCAGCCGACCAGCAGAGUAUUGCUGGUGGUAUCUUGCAGACGGUGACCAAGCUGUGCGUGACGAUCGGGAUGGGCAUCAGCACGGCCAUCUUCGAUGCCGUCGAGGCGGGCGGGCCCACCAGCCAUGGGUACUUUGCCGGGGAUGCAAUCGCCCCGUACAGUGCCACAUUGCUCUACUGUGCUGGAAUAUCGGCCAUCGGUAUGCCCUUGUGUGCCUUUUUACGUAUCGGAAGACAGGGACAUGGUGGGGAUGACAAGGCGCAGGCGGCGGUGGGGAAGCGAAGCAGUUGGUGUGGGCGACGCAGAACUAAGCAGGAAGCGAUCGGGGAUGAACAUAUUAAUUCGACUGUAUAG